CAACCGAACGACUGUAUCCGGUUCUUGUUCUCCCCUCAUGUCUCGCGCUAGUAAUCCAUGGACUCCCAAGGGGCCACAAGAGGUGCAGAUUGGCUCCUCUCUCAACAGAGCACUCAAGGUGCGAAUGGGUGAGACGCCGCCAGCGAAACGCUCCGGGCCGCCGCAGCAGGACUUCUAUUCCGUUCGAUAUAACUUCAAGCCUGUGUCGUUGGACACAAGCCAACCCGGCACUGUCACUAUUGUCGAUGACGGACGAGGGGGAGAUGCCAUGGUCCAUUGGGAGCAGCCGAGCCGAAAUGCAGCAGAGUCGAUCAAGUUUGAGGGACGACAGACGGCCUCUAAGGAUUUCGAGUGCCUGCUCAUAUACGACGAAGAGACUGGGUCAUAUAAGCUCGAGAAGCUCGAAUCUACUAUGUUUCUGACGAGGACAAGUGGGGGAGCGAAUCCGAGUGGUCCUUCCACGAAGCCACCUGUGGAGCGCAGCCUUGGCGAUAUCGAUGCCGAAGGAGAAUCGGACGAGGAGCUCCCCCAGUAUCUCCCACCUCCACCACAGAGGGAAGAGGAAGAAGAGGACGACGAUGUAAUGGAGGCUGUGCCUGUUCUCCCGCCUCCGCCACCAGCAGUCAAGCCCUCGAAGCCGACUCCAGCGCCUAAGCCCGAGCAGCCACAACGAGCAGUCAACACUGCGACCGCCCGACCCAUGAAACCACUUCCUACCACGAAGAAGGUCACGAAGAAAGCUCCUCCUCCUCCUCCUCCGACUGCUUUGCCUAUCAACGACUACGAGGAAGAACUGCACUUUGGAAGGCCAGCCAAACCCGCGCGGCCAUCACCUCCGCCGCCGCCCACGCCAGUCGCUCUAUCGCUGCCCGGUUCUUCUUCGGGCUGGAUCGCGCCACCUGCGGCGAAACCAGACCCGCCGCGACCUGCGUCUCCAGCCGUUGUCAUUGACUCUGAUGAGGAGGAAGAAUGGGACGAAGUUGAAACCGCGCCGAUUGUGGAUGCUGCCGGGGACGAUCUCAUGGACGAACUCGAGAUGGAGCUUGCGGCGGAAAUGGAAGAGGAAAUGGAAGAAGAGCCGGAGGAUUUCCUGGCGGGUGAAAUCUCCCAAGCUCCAGACUCUGAGCCACCGACGAGACCGAUAUCUAUGAAGGAGUUGGCGGCUGGAUACCACGAUGACACGGACGACUACUCCUCCAGCGACAGCGACGAGGACUGAUGAGUGUUUGACAGACUAAUGAUACCUUGUGGAUCUACAAUACGACCGGAACUCUUGCCAC